AUGAUGACAAGGCCAGAUUGCGAUGACAGCUUGGCAACCCUGAAAAGCCUCGCUCAGGCGAGGCAAGCCGGGAAAGCAAGGCGCCUGCUGGCGACUCUGCAGGCGGAUGGCAGAAAGCUCACCGUGCAGCACUACAACUCUGUGAUCCAUGCCUGUUGCAAAGCCAGAGAAUGGCAACAAGCCAUCGCAAUGCUCAGUUUCAUGGUCGAGGUGCCUCCAGAGACUUGGAGCUACAACGCCGUCAUCGGAGUUUGCCAGCGCUGCAAGAGAUGGCAAGCCGCUGUGAGUCUUCUGCAGCAGAUGGCGGAGGCCAGUGUUGAAGAGAACGUGAUCUCCUACACAUGGGCCAUGGAUGCCUGUUUGCAAUCCAAUUCCUUUGCUGCUGGAGAAGCUGUGGUGAAGACCAUGCUUCGCUCCGCAGUGCUUCCUGAUGUCAUCUUCUGUGGCAAAGCGAUCCGCGCUUGUGCCGGCAAAUCAUGGCAAACAGCCCUGCAUUUUUGGGAGCUCAUGCCUCAAAUCAGCGUGAAGCCGAAUGAGGUGGUUUGCAACAGUGCCAUUUUUGCAUGCGCUCCACGAUGGGACCUCUCCUUGGAGCUCUUUGAGUCGAUGGUCGACCUAAAGCUGCCCCGGGAUGUGAUCAGUUUCAGUUCUGCCAUUAAGGCUUGCGCCGAAGGAGGCCAGUGGCAAUACGCAAUUGCGCUGCUGGAGGCUGCGACGGUGUCCUCUAUUCCUUUGGACACGAUGUCAUUUAGCUGUGCCAUGGAUGCCUGUUCCAGUCACUGGCCUGCGGCUUUGAGCCUGUUGGCAGGGAUGAAGUUCCACACACUCGCACCAGAUGUCUACAGCUUUAGCGCCACCUUGGCCGCUUUGGCCAGCAGUGGCCAAUGGGAGCUCUCCUUCAGCGUGCUGGAGCUGAUGGCAGAGGCUGAGGUCAGCCCGAACAUUGUGAGCUAUGGCUCCGUGCUAAGUGCCUGUGAUAAGGGAGCUCAGUGGGAACGUGGACUGCAGUUGCUGAAGCAGAUGCCGCAGGUGAAGCUGAUGCCUGACACCUUUUGCACGUCCGCAGCAAUCAGCGCUUGUGCCAAUGCUCUGCACUGGCAGGAGGCAUUACACUUGUUGCCCUCAUCUCCAGACUACUACAGUUGCAGCGCCAGCGUCAAUGCAUGUGCACGUUGCGCCCGCUGGCAGCAAUCCCUGGAACUUGCAGUGGCUUUGUCGGAUCAGAAGUUGCCACCGAACGGCAUUAUGUGGGGUACCAUCAUCAAAGCCAUGCCAGACAAGGGAGAGCUGCUCGAAGAUUUGCGGCAGACUUGGGUGGCCCAUGCGCCAGCAGCAGUGGAGCUGGAAGGCAGUGGCCUUCGCUGCUUGCGCUCGGGCUCGGGGCUGCUGGCGGUGGAGAAGGCAGCUGGCCGCACCAGUGAGGCGGUGCUUGCAGAAGUGCAGAGGCUGCUCAGUGCGAUGGGCGAUGACUGUCCCAUCAAGCGCCUCUCCCGGUUGGAUGCUCAGACCUCAGGGGUUUUGCCCAUUGCCAUGGCGCCUGAGGAGUCAGGAGUCACGAGCUGGUUGGAGCUGCAGUAUGCGGCGCGCCAGGUCACAAAGGUUUACUGGGCUUUGUGCUCUGGUGAGCCCCUCCCGGUGGGUGCAUCAGGCUUGAUCGCCUCACCCUUGACGAGCCUGCCCUCCGCGGGGGGCUCCACAGUUAUGCAAACCACUUGGUCGCGGACUGGGAAGGAGGCCAGUACUGAGUAUGUGGUCUUGGAGGUCUAUGAGCUCAAAGGCACUUCGGUGAUGCUGCUGGAGGCUCGACCCCUCACAGGCCGCACGCAUCAGAUCCGUGCCCAUUUGGCGGGCAUCGGGCGUCCCAUCAUCGGAGAUCCUGCCUACGGAGGCAGGGCUGUCUACUGGUGCCCACGGCUUUUCCUGCAUUGCUGCCAAAUCUCUAUGCUCGACGCCGCCGGCGUGCCCUUCGUUGCCAAGGCGCCCUUGGCCCCCGAGCUACAGAGGAGCUUGGAACGGGUGAAGGCCAUGAGCACCUCGACUAGGAAGAUGGAAGGCAGUGCUUGGGGAUGA